GAGCCAGCAAAACAAUUCCAUAAACCGGUGUCUAAGUCCGUUUCCCCGUAUGUUUCCCCUCACAUUAACCUGACUUAACCAGGUCUAGACACAAGACCUGUAAACUACUCGUGAUAACUGUUCACUUCCUUCACCGCUGUGUAGUGUUCGUUAAACACAGAGAAACCAAACAAGUUAUGGCUCUUCAAAAACUCAGGAAAGAAGAAACUCUCGCAAUGAGGAAGAGACUAAUCGGGCAGUCAUGUAGACUCUUUUAUUCAGACGACCCUGUGAAAAUAGUAAGAGCAAGAGGACAAUAUCUAUUCGAUGAAAAUGGCAAGCGCUAUCUGGACUGCAUCAGUAACGUUCAUCAUGUGGGCCAUUGUCACCCCACCAUUACGAAGGCUGCAACAGCACAAAUGGACCUCCUGAACACAAAUUCACGAUUCCUGCACGACAACAUAGUCCUGUAUGCAGACCGCCUGGCUGCCACUCUGCCUGAGAAACUGUGUGUCUUCUACUUUGUUAACUCUGGUUCAGAGGCCAAUGAUCUUGCCCUACGCCUGGCACAGCAGUACACCCAACAUGAUGAUGUCAUUGUGCUUGACCAUGCAUACCACGGGCAUCUAAUGUCCCUCAUCGACAUUAGUCCUUACAAGUUCCGGAAACUGGCAGGACAGAAAGAAUGGGUUCAUGUGGCACCCUUACCAGACACCUACAGAGGCAUAUAUAGAGAGAAUCAUCCCAACCCAGGUCAAGCAUACGCUGAUACCGUGAAAGACCUAAUAGAGGAGGUGCAUGGGAAAGGCCGUAAGAUCUGUGCCUUCUUUGCUGAAUCAUUGCCAAGUGUUGGAGGACAAAUCAUCUUUCCCCAAGGAUACUCAGCUAAAGUUGCAGAAUAUGUGCGCUCAGCUGGUGGAGUGUUUGUGGCAGACGAGGUGCAGACAGGUUUUGGACGUGUGGGAAGUCACUUCUGGGCAUUCCAGCUGCAGGGAGAGGGUUUCUGUCCUGACAUAGUGACCUUGGGGAAACCGAUGGGCAAUGGGCAUCCUGUGGCAUGUGUGGCAACAACUGUGGAGAUAGCUGGAGCUUUCACAGCCAAUGGAGUGGAGUACUUCAAUACGUUUGGAGGGAAUCCGGUGUCGUGUGCAAUCGGCCUGGCAGUCCUUGAUGUGAUAGAGGAGGAGGACCUAAGAGGAAACUCCAUGAGAGUGGGAGCACAUCUUAAAGAUUUGCUCAUUAAGCUACAAACAAGACAUCAAAUAAUUGGCGAUGUCAGAGGUGUAGGACUGUUUGUGGGCCUUGAGCUGGUUACAGACAGAGAACAGAGGACUCCUGCCACAGAAACAGCAGCAUUGGUGGUGAAGAGGUUGAAAGAGGAAGAUCGAAUAUGUGUCAGUACAGAUGGCCCCUGGGAAAAUGUCUUGAAGUUUAAACCUCCUAUGUGCUUCAGUGUGGAGGAUGCAGAACUGCUGGUGCAAUGUAUUGACCGCAUCCUCACAGACAUGGAAGCCAAUGACCUUAAACUGGAAAAGGAAGACAUCUAAGGUGUUCAGUACCAAUUUAUGGUAGAAUGAGGAGCUACAGUCAUCUCUCUGAUGAAAUUCAACCAAGUGGAGGUAAUCAUAUGUGAUGUCAGCUACAGCACAUCUUUAUCACCUGGGAGAUGACCGAUGAUAACAUGACACUAAUGAACUUCAAUAAAGACUCUUUUUUUUGUUUUUUUAAAUCAAAUCAAGAAACUAAUAA